AUGGACACUGAUGAGCAGUACCGUUAUAUUCCGGAUCACACAGUCCCAUUAGCCAUAUCAAGGCUGGUAAGAGAGAUAUACAAUAUCUUCAAAUCUUCAUGUUUUGUUGCUCUCUAGAUGAACGCUACGAACGAGAGGAUUGGAUUCGGAACGUCGGAAGUCGUUCGUGUAAGUUUUUACACAUGGAAAACAUGACAGUUCGGCGGUACAACGUAAUAGAACUAGGCAGAAUAGAACCGCGACAGAUAAGAACUGCGACGUAAUAGAACUGGGCAGAAUAGAACUGAGCGGAAUAGAGCCGGCCAUAAUAGAACUGCGACACAAUAGAACUGUUUGGAGCGCCUUUCUGUAGAAUAAUCGUUUUCUCAAGUAAAAUAAUUUUUUAAGCUUGCUAUCGAGUUAUAAAAUCUAAUUAUAGGCAAUUGCUGACUUUUAAAAACAAGAUGCAAACGCACACCACCGAAACACAGUUCUAUUCCGCGCAGUUCUAUUCUGCCCAGUUCUAUCUUCACAGGUGAUUCGCGAUCGGUCUAUUACAAGUUCGCGGAUGUGUCGAUAGAGAACUCGGAGCAGGUCCUUGAAUAGGCACAUUAUAGGCCUAUCACAGGUCCACGUUCUCAAUAGACCGAUCGCGAAUCACCGGUGUUGUCACAGUUUUAUUAUGGCCGGUUCUAUUGUGUCGCAGUUCUAUUCCUCUGGCAAUUCGAUAUUAAUCUAAUUAGAAAGUUACUGAUGUCGCAGUUUCUGUCGCAGUUAUAUUCUACCCAAUUCUAUUGCGUUGUGCCGCCGAUACGGGAGUCAUUUUCAGGUUCAUGUAAUGGGAAUAAUCCGACGCGUCACUGUGAAUGAAUCCGAUGUGGUGUACGAAUUAACCGAUAAGACGAGCAACAAUAAUUUGAUGAUAAUGAAAAUAUUUACGGUGAGUUAAAGAUAACCUUGUAGAUAAACUCUUGUGAAUAGAUUGCGAUUGAAUUGCAACUCAUUCACAUCUAAAAAAUGACACAGUAAGGGGGUAUUCAGCGUAUGCUUGUUUUCACAGCCUCAAUAACCCCAUAAGCGUGAAACUUUCUUAAGUUGAAUUCGAUAAUUCUCCAAAUUAAUAUCAAAUUUGAUCAAAUUUCAUAAUUAGAUGCUGACCUCAUCAUCAUCUCUGCAUUUCUUGAAAAGUUAGGAAAUGAACACGUGAACAUGUUUAAGAAUGGUUUUGUAAAGCAAAAAAAGCGGCCCGGGUUCCAAAAGUCUUGUUCUUAUUAAUAUUAUAGGGGCACCGAACAGAAAUGGCGCUCUGUUGAGAAACUCUUUUUGCAGUGCAAAUUGAGCGACCUCGGGGCCGAGUUUGAAAAAUUAGGCCACAUUUUCAGUGGAAAAUUACUUCGCGGCCUAGAAAUUCGGCCAGAUUGCAAACAACGCGCGCCAUUUCUGUGAGAUGCCCCUAUAAAAUAGUUAAAGUCUUUUCAAAAGAUUUUUUUAUUUGAAAAUAUUGAAAUUGUUGUAUUUCUAACGUCUUCCACCGCGUUGGUAGGGAAGAGUCGUGUCAGACAAGAGAGUCCGCAAUAGGUUUAUUCAGAGAAAGAAACCUUAGCGGGGGCUAGCAGAAUAAUAGAAUAUAGAAUGAAUAGAGGGUUCGUCCUCAGAGGGAGGGCGACCCGAAUGAUGACAAAUAAGCGAGAAUAACACAAAACCUAGCGGGUAGAUCACAGGUAGAUCAUUUAGCAUUAUCCUACACUUAUCAUACGUCUAGAACGACGUAACAGAAAUGUAAACGUAAAAUUAGAAAAAAACCAGGGCUGGCACGGGCUUUUCGUUGGCCGGCCCUUGGCCUGGACCUUUUAACUACUUGCAAUAUUUUGAUCGGACCCAAACUUUGCAGGCUUCUUGGACAUGGGUUGAAGCAUACUGGGACCAAGUUUCAGCCCGAUCGGAUCAUCUGGUCCCGAGAUAUGUGGAUCAUUGGCCGAAAUUGGCCGGAAGCCCGGGCCUUUUGGAAAAAAUUGGCCAAUGAUCCACAUAUCUCGGGACCCCACGAUCUGAUCGGGCUGAAACGUGGUCCCAAUAGCCCUCAUUCCAGGUCCAACAAUCCUGCAAAGUUUGGGUCCGAUCGUAAUAUUUCAAGUGGUUCAAAAGUCCAGGUCAAGGGUCGGCCAACGAAAAGCCGGCCAAUUGCCCAGCCCUGCAAAAAACAAUUUAAAAUUAAAAAGAUGAAACAUGUGCCUAAUCGUCAAGCAUCAAAAGAAAAGUCUAAGCCUAUUUAGGUACAUCAUUUGAACGCGAAAACACGGCCCGGCUUUUCAUACAUGGGACUUUCGGUUUUUUCAAGUUAUCUCCAGAAAUCGGACAUAGGGAUCUCUGAUUUUUUGAUAAAACUUCAAUUUUACCGUGCUCUUCAAAAUGAGCCAGGUUAGAGGUAAAUGUAAGGUUUCUGUGAGAAGUUACAGCUUCACAAUGUCCAGUCCUCCGUAUGCUUUGCCUGCCCGUGGAAAAGAAAAGAAAAUUUUAUUGUAGAAAAAAGAGACAAGUUGGGAAGAUGAUCCUGUUUCUCUUGUGUACGCUUCAUUCCUCGCUAGCUCGCUGAAAAAAAACAAGCGUUAACUCUAGUAUUUUUGUUGAAAUCAUCUCAGGUAAAUCGUUUCUAAUCUAGCUAGCUAAUUCGAGUUUCUAACCGGACCUAGUUUGAUUGCUAAUUUACUGCGAUUAGAUUGCAAAUUCGUCUAACUAGACUGAUAAAUUUUCUAAUUAGAUUGGCGAAGCUAAUCGGAUUGCUAAAACACUGAUAUUAGAUUCAAAAUUUAGCUGAUUAGAUUAACAUUUCUAUUAACAUUUUCGGUCAAACCUAGCUAGAUUGUGUUUAGAUUGCAAAAUCAGCAAGCUGAAAUCGUUAGCAAUCUAACUAGGACCGGUUAGAAACGAGAACUAGCUAGCUAGAUUAGAAACGAAUUGCCUGAGUUUUGCACCCUGGGCCCGCUGCACGGGGUAGCGGCUUCGCCGCUUGUUGAAUUCUCAUAACCGUUCGAAAGUUCACGUGUUCAUUUCUUGAUGUUUACGUCACAACUAUUUCCGUUUUAGAAGUGAAAAAAAUGGCCGGACAAACGGAGAAGGAAAUAAACGGACAGACCCCGUUAGCUUUUUAUUAAAUAAAAAUGAUUAGAAUGAUUAGAACACAGAAAAUGUCUAAUUAGUAGAUGUGAAGACUAGCAACUUUAUUGCAAAGAGAAAUGACAAUAUUCAGGCUUCUUUCACUGCAGAGCAGGCUCAGAUAAUUGCCAUCGGUGACUACGUUGAAGUUUUCGGAAAAGUUCGAGUGACAGAUUCAGAAAUGUUUCUAAACGCGUUUGCGCUCCUGCAUGUCACGCCUCAACAGUAUGCCGCUUUCCAAUCGAUUUGUAGAUGCGCAGAACGCUUCUUCGAAGAAGUAUGUUUGGAAAAUGUAGAAAAAAAAAGAAACACGCGUUCACAGAAAACAGCGAAAAUUGCAAAUGCGUAUAGUUUUACACUAUCCAAGAAAGUAGGAAUGAAAAUGAAGUUUGCUGCCAUGAACCGCUUCCCAAUCGGAAUGCUCGAAGAAUCUUCCUCUAUUGUGAACAACAUGGGGAAAUGGCCUAAAGAACUUGAGCAGUUGGCAGCUCAGCUAUCUGCGGAUGAUUUAAAGGAGGAUCAAGAUGUUGAUGGCGAGGACAACUAUGAAGAAGAAGAUGUUGAUUCAUUUGAUGCGGGACCAGUGCAGGUUACGAAGCUAGUCCCGAACGAAGAGUUGAUGGAAUUUCAAGACGACUCUUUUGACAACAAAUGA